AUGUUUCGUAAAACAAUUUGGUUUUCGUGCUUGGUUGUGAUUUCUGUAUUAGCAGAAGACCUAGAAGAUCGCUCUUCAUCAAAUGCUUACGCAUCAGCUAAUGCAGAUUCGAAUUCUUUAGGCAGGUUUGUACCGCGUCCAUGGUUUAACCCAAUAGGAUGGGGAAGCCCUGGAGGUUCAUCGUCAGCUGUAGCAGAUGCUAUUGCAAAUGCUGCAUCUAAUGGAGGAUGGGGAGGCUUGGGUGGAUCAUCUUCAGCCUUAGCAGAUGCUAUUGCAAAUGCAGCCUCUAAUGGCGUUUGGGGUCGCUCAGAUGGUUCAUCUUCAGCUGUAGCAGACGCUACUGCAAAUGCCGACUCAGGUAGUAGAUGGGGAGGCUUGGGGGGUUCGUCUUCAGCCAUAGCAGAUGCUAUUGCAAACGCUGUCUCUAAUGGCGGAUGGGGAGGACUGGGAGGCUCAUCUUCAGCUGUAGCAGAAGCUAUAGCAAACGCUGCCGCUAACGGUGGAUGGGGAGGCUUGGGUGGUUCAUCUUCAGCUGUAGCAGAAGCUAUAGCAAACGCUGCCGCUAACGGUGGAUGGGGAGGCUUGGGUGGUUCAUCUUCAGCUGUAGCAGAAGCUAUAGCAAACGCUGCCGCUAAUGGUGGAUGGGGAGGCUUGGGUGGUUCAUCUUCAGCUGUAGCAGACGCUGUAGCAAACGCUGCCGCUAAUGGUGGAUGGGGAGGCUUGGGUGGAUCAUCUUCAGCUGUAGCAGAAGCUAUAGCAAACGCUGCCGCUAAUGGUGGAUGGGGAGGUUUGGGUGGUUCAUCUUCAGCUGUAGCAGAAGCUAUAGCAAACGCUGCCGCUAACGGUGGAUGGGGAGGCUUGGGUGGUUCAUCUUCAGCUGUAGCAGACGCUGUAGCAAACGCUGCCGCUAAUGGUGGAUGGGGAGGCUUGGGUGGAUCAUCUUCAGCUGUAGCAGAAGCUAUAGCAAACGCUGCCUCUAAUGGCGGAUGGGGAGGAUUAAGAGGCUCAUCUUCAGCUGUAGCAGAGGCUAUAGCAAACGCUGCCUCUAAUGGAGGAUGGGGAGGCUUGGGUGGUUCAUCUUCAGCUGUAGCAGAAGCUAUAGCAAACGCUGCAUCGAAUGGCGGAUGGGGAGGCUUGGGAGGUUCAUCAUCAGCUGUAGCAGACGCUGUUGCAAAUGCUGUCGCAAAUGGUGGAUUGGGAGGUUCAUCAUCAGCUGUAGCAGAAGCUAUUGCAAACGCUGGCAGUAAUGGCGGAUGGAUAGGUCCAGCACCAGUAGUCGUUCCAGGACCCCCAAGGCCUUAUCCGGUACCAGUACCAUUCCGGGUCCCCAGCGAUCCCAUGCUUAUUAAAGUACCAGUGCCUGUUCCUAUGCCACCAGAAAAAAUAUUCGUUCCAGGUCCCUCAGUACCUGUGCCUUAUGCGGUUAAAACUCCUUUUCCAGUCCCGUACGGCGUACCACGCCCCGUUCCUGUACCCUCACCACCCAGAUUAGUCCCUGUGCCAGUACCUGAGCCCGUUCCUGUACCGGGGCCAACAAGAGACAGACCAAUUCCAGUCCCUGUUCCAUCUCCACCUAUGCCUGUACCAGUACCAGUACCUGGUCCGGUAAGGGACGUACCUGUCCCCGUUCCCGUCCCAUCUCCACCAGUACCUGUUCCGUAUCCUGUGAAUCGUUAUAUCACCAUACCAGGACAAGAUAAAAUAGUACCUGUACCAGUUCCUGUUCCCGGGUGGGGAGAUGCCGGAAGCAUAGCAUCCGCUAACGCAAAUGCUAUUGCGAACGCCAUCGGCGGAUUUGGUUCGGGUUCAUCUUCAGCUGCAGCAGAAGCUGUUGCAAACGCUGUUGCUAAUGGUGGAUGGGGUCGCCUAGGAGGUUCAUCUUCAGCAGUAGCAGAUGCUAUUGCAAAUGCAGGCACAGGUGGCAGAUGGGGAGGUUUGGGAGGUUCAUCAUCAGCUGUAGCAGACGCUGUUGCAAAUGCUGGCUCUAAUGGUGGAUGGGGAGGUUUGGGUGGAUCAUCAUCAGCUUCAGCAGACGCUGUUGCAAACGCUGUCUCAAAUGGCGGAUGGGGAGGCUUCGGAGGUCCAUCAUCAGCUUCGGCAGACGCUGUUGCAAACGCUGUCUCAAACGGCGGAUGGGGAGGCUUGGGAGGAUCAUCUUCAGCAUCAGCAGACGCAGUUGCAAACGCUGUCGCUAACGGUGGAUGGGGAGGCUUGGGAGGCUCAUCUUCAGCUAUAGCAGAUGCACUUGCAAACGCUGCCACUAAUAGUGGAUGGUUGUAUAGGGAUGGUUCAUCAUCUGCCCAAGCGGAUGCCUCUGCAAGCGCAGCGAAUCGCGGAUGGGGUUUAGGAGGUUUAUCAUCAGCCCAAGCAGAUGCUCUUGCUAAUGCUGUCACUGGUGGAUGGGGAGGCUUAGGAGGCUUAUCAUCGGCCCAAGCUAACGCUAUCGCUAAUGCGAUUUCUGGUGGAUGGGGAGGUUUGGGAGGAUUAUCAUCUGCCCAAGCAAAUGCCUUAGCUAAUGCUCUUGCCGGUGGAUAUCGUCGUGGAUCGGAUAAAAUGAAAGGUGUAUCUUCUGCACAAGAGGAUGCAAUUGAUGCUGCUUAG